AUGAAGGCCAUUAUAAUUAAUGCAUUAUCUUCACAGAACAAAAAUAAAGUACAGAUAUUGGAGAUCCAUGUAUUAACUGAGGAAGAUGUGUUUAGACUUCACAGUCAGGCAGGAUCUGUUGAUGAGCAGAAGAAUGUAGUCAGUACAUCAGAUCCUAGCGUUUGGUAUUUAGACACAGCAGCAGAAGGAUUGAGUGGGUAUGAACAGCUAUAUCAACGUUACACAACAUCACCAUACAGCAUGUUACCAUGGGUACAGCCUGCUUUCUCCAGUAAUAAAUUAGGCUCACCAAAGGCCAGAAUGAUAUUAUCAGAAUUAUGUAACACAUCAAUAGAGAUAUCUGAACCUGUUGGACAGCUGGUAGAACUGAUCUGGUCUGAUGCACUCAAAAAUGCAGAGAAAGAGUUAUCUUCCCCUCCCCAGCUAACUAAGCUGUCUAAGGUUGAGGAAGCAGAAGCAGUGCUGUAUCAGUUAAAGGAGUUGUAUAAAACAAGGAGUGGUGACAAUGAGAAAUGUUUAGAACUGACCAAAGAGUUUUACAAAGCUAUACCUCAUAACAGGACAGACAGGAAGGAAAAAUUCAGUGUCUCAGAUAUAUCAGCUAAGCAGGAUCUUUGUCAGCUUAUAAGAGAUAUUAUCAGUGUUGGAGAAGCGACAGAUUGGUCUGACGAGGCUACAACUGUUGCCAAAUAUAAAGCUUUGAAAUGUCAUGUGACACAGCUUGACCAAUUCACUGAUGAAUUUGAUCAUGUGACCAAAUUAGUCAAAUCAACUUCAGAAAAAGUAGAACUUCUGAAUGUAUACAAGUUGGAGAGGACAUUGGAGGAUCUGUGUUUCCAAUCAGAAGUUGGUAAUAUACAGUUACUCAUGCAUUCAUCUGGGUUCCACAACUUCCUUGGAAUUCUUUCAAGAGGGUUGCUGAUGCCAAACUUUGUAGAAGAUGAACAUGGGAUAACAAGAACAGAUGGAGGGCUGUUAGGGAGUGGUAUAUACUUCUCUGAUACUGCUAGCAAAUCAUUGAUGUAUUCAGGGCCCAGUACUACACAUGGAUCAAGGUUGUUGUUACUGUGUGAUGUUAGCUUGGGUAAGGUCAAGGACUGCACAAGAAUAGAUAAUUCCCUUAUGGAGCCUCCAUCUGGGUAUGAUAGUGUACAUGGUAUCAAAUUUUCAUCUGAUGGUGAACCAACAGACUUUUUAGAUGAUGAAUUUGUUAUCUAUAACCCUCGGCAACAGAAAAUGAAAUAUUUAGUUCAACUGUGUCUUCCUGAGGAUACGGUGACCCCAUUAACUGACAUGGCAUUGACCUUGAGGUCAGAAGAAAACACAGAUCAAGAAGUUUCUGAAGAAAUAAAUUUGAAAGAUGUGAAGGAUGUACCUGACCCUCUAAACAAAGUUACUGCAGGCUUGAUUGGAAAAGGGAAACAAUCAGUUCCACUCAAAUCUGUUCAUAUUAGAGCUCAUCUUUUGGACUUAGUAGCAAAGGUUGUUAUAUUACAAGAAUACAAGAAUGACAACAAUGUUCCUAUUGAAGCUAAGUAUGUGUUCCCAUUAGAUGAUACAGCUGCUGUGUGUGGUUUUGAAGCUUUCAUCAAUGGAAAACAUGUCAUAGGGGAAGUGAAAGAAAAAGAAACAGCUCACAAAGAAUACAAAGAGGCCAUAAGUAAAGGACAUGGAGCAUACCUAAUGGAUGAAGAGGAACCAGAUGUGUUUACAGUAAGUGUAGGAAAUUUACCUCCACAAGCGAGAGUUUUGAUCAAGAUAACAUAUAUAUCAGAAUUACAGACAGAGAAUGAAGCCAUAGCAUUUAGCUUACCUGCUUCAGUAGCUCCAUGGAUACAGGAUACAGCUCUGGCUCAGAAAACACAGUCUGAGCUAGCAUCUUUGAAGGUCAAGGACACUGGAAGAUGUGAUCUGUCUUUACAAGUUGCCAUGGAAAUGCCCUUUGAUAUAAGAAAUGUUAAAUCACCAACACACAGAAUUAAAGUUAAGACAACCGCCACCAAGGCAGUAGUGGAGCUACCUAAAAAUAGCCAGUUAGAUGAUGGUUUUCAGCUAUUGGUCACCAUGGCAGAAAUACAUGUACCACGAAUGUGGGUAGAGAAUCACCCUAACAAAGACAGUCAGGCCUGCAUGCUGACAUUUUAUCCAGAGUUUGAUGCAGAUUUUGAUCCCCAACAGGAAGUGGUUUAUUUAUUAGAUAUGUCUAAUUCUAUGAAAGGUCAAGCAGGGAGGGAUGCUAAAAAGGUUUUUCUAUUGUCUUUGACAAAGUUACCCGACAAGUCAAGUUUCAAUGUGAUCACAUUUGGUACAACAUUUAAAGAGCUGUUCCCAUCACUACAACUCAAAACAAAAGAUGCAGUACAAAAAACUACAAACUUUAUACAGUCAACUGAAUGUGACCAAGGAGGAACAGUUGUCAUAACUUUGUUACAGUCCUUGUUCUUACUCAGUCCACCAGAGGGCAGCAGGAGUAUCAUUCUUAUAUCAGAUGGUCACAUGACUAGUGUUGAGGAAACUUUAUCACUGGUCAGAAAAAUGAGUGAUCAGAAUCGACUUUUCACUGCAGGAGUUGGUCCUACAGUAAAUCAUCACUUGAUGAAGACACUAGCGACAUCUGGUGGAGGAACAUUCCAAUAUUACAACAACAAAACUAAGUCUAAUUGGCAGUCAAAGAUUGAAGGCCAAACUGAGAGAGCUUGUCAACCAGGUGUUUCUGGGGUCAGUGUACAGUGGAUAUACUAUGCUAAACACAGUAAUAUUAUCCAGGCUCCAUGUAUAAUCCCAUCCCUGUUUAAUGGUACUCGCCAGGUAGUUUAUGGGUUUGUCCCAAAUUGUACACAGGCCAAGUUAAGUGCUUCAGUUGAUGGUAAUGAAUUCUGUACCAUGGUGUCGACUACAGAGCUUAAUAUGACCAAGGGCAAAAUGUUACACCAGCUGACAGCUAGAGCCGUGAUCAGAGAUUAUGAAGAUGGUGUUUUCUCCAGUAAUAAUACACAGGAUCAGGUCCAGAAAUUGGAGAAGAAAUCGUACAUCAUAGAUCUGAGCAAGGAGUACUCUAUAGUUACUCCCUAUACAAGCUUUAUAGCUGUGGAAGAGAGAGAAAAAGAUGAGGAAAAAACAGAUGGACCAUCAAUUGCUGAUUUAGUUGCCAAGGAGACUGUUGAUGUUUUACCUUAUAUGGACUGGCAGAAUGCAGACAUGUUUGAAGAGAAGGACCCUGUUGUGGCUAUUGAGGAGUUAUUACGUAAAGGAGCAAUAGCUGAGACUUUUUCCCAGAUGGAGGCUGAGCGAUGUUACUCGUCAAUACUAGACUAUGCUGAUGAUUUGAAAAAAGAAGAAAAUAAAGAUUUGAAAUUUACUGUAAUGGAAAAUGUUGUAAAGUUUUGUCAGGCGAGUGGAAGUGAGAAUAGUAUGGACAUCAUGAAAACUUUCAAAGAUAAGUUUCCUGACAUCAGAAGUUUGUAUGUGAAAACUCUGACUGGUAAAACUAUAGGAGGAGUAAAACUACUGGCCUCUGAUACAAUAGAACAAGUCAAGGCCAAGAUACAAGAAUUAGAAGGGAUCCCAAUAGAUCAACAGAGAUUGGUUUUUGAUGGGAAACAGCUAGAGGAUGGUCGUACAUUAGAGGAUUACAGAAUAACAAAUGAAAGUUCAAUUCACAUGGUGUUACGUUUAAGAGGAGGACCUGAUCCUUGUUCUACAACUUUUAAAUCAUCAGGAUCAGAACCACUUUCUUUGCCGGAUCGGAUUCAGGGGUUUAUGGAAGAACAACAACAGUCCAAUGUACAGCAUGCGCAACAAAUGUCUAUUGUACAGAAUGCACAACAACAGUCUAAUGUACAGGAUGCGCAACAACAGUCCAAUGUACAGAAUAUGUUUCAGCGUGCACAACAACAGCAUGCACAACAACAGCAAAUGAUACAGCAUGGGCAACAACAGCAAAUGUUACAGCAUGUGCAACAAAAGCAAAUGUACAGCAUGCCCUACACCAGCAAAUGUUACAUGGGCAACAACAGUCCAACAUUAAAGCAUUUGCAACAACAGCAAAUGUUACAACAUGCGCAACAAUCUCAAAUGUUACAACAUGCGCAACAACCUCAAAUGAUACAACCUGCGCAACAACCUCAAAUGUUACAACAUGGGCAACAACCUCAAAUGAUACAACCUGUGCAACAACCUCAAAUGUUACAACAUGGGCAACAACCUCAAAUGAUACAACCUGCGCAACAACCUCAAAUGUUACAAUAUGGGCAACAACCUCAAAUGUUACAACAUGGGCAACAACCUCAAACGUUACAACCUGCACAACAACCUCAAAUGUUACAACAUGCCCAACAACCUCAAAUGUUACUGCAUUCAGGUGUUCAGGGACAACAAAGACAACAAUCUGCAGAUAGCAUCAGGUUAUCUAGUCCCUUUGCUGAACAGUCUUCAUUCUAUAAUACCAAAGCUAGUUCCUCCACAAUUGAUGUUACACCACCAACCUUUCAGCAAACAGAUCAUUUGGGAGAAGAAACUUUGGGAAAUGUUACUUCUUUUGGAAGAAUGACAACCAAACGAAGAAAAAGCAAUGAAAGAAAUCCUGUAGGUUUCCAGAGAUAUGAACCAUUAAAUCCAACAGGUUUCAGUUUUGGGAGAAUGGGUACAGCAACUAAUGAAUUAUUUGGUCAACAGUCAAGCAGUGUUAGUGCACCUGUUAGUGGUUUUAAUGUUGAUAGUCUGCAAUCAUAUGGGAUGACUCCUAGCCUGGCAGAGACAAUUCAAACUAUAUAUUGUAGAGGUGGUGGUAGUCAAGUCGGCAGUGGAUUUGGAAGUGGUUUCAGUUAUGGAUUUCAGCAGCCACAGUUACAACCACCAUCAAUGGCGAGUUUUGGCUCAAUUCAGUCCUCUAAUGUGGCAUAUGGGGGCUUGUUUGGGAGUGAGCCAGUAAGUGUAAGAGCUGAGGGAAGUCCUGAUACUAAUGUGGCAUACAGGGGCUUGUUUGGGAGUGAGCCAGUAAGUGUAAGAGCUAAGGGAAGUCCUGAUACUAAUGUGGCAUACGGGGGCUUGUUUGGGAGUGAGCCAGUAAGUGUAAGAGCUAAGGGAAGUCCUGAUACUAAUGUGGCAUACGGGGGCUUGUUUGGGAGUGAGCCAGUAAGUGUAAGAGCCAAGGGAAGUCCUGAUACUAAUGUGGCAUACGGGGGCUUGUUUGGGAGUGAGCCAGUAAGUGUAAGAGCUAAGGGAAGUCCUGAUACUAAUGUGGCAUACAGGGGCUUGUUUGGGAGUGAGCCAGUAAGUGUUAGAGCUGAGGGAAGUCCUGAUACUAAUGUGGCAUACAGGGGCUUGUUUGGGAGUGAGCCAGUAAGUGUAAGAGCUAAGGGAAGUCCUGAUACAGACCAAGAUAAAGAUGAAACAGCCCAGGAUGUAUUAUCUCUCAGUACUGACAUGCCAAGUGGUGGAUUUAAAUAUAAAGAGGUUAAAAGAAAAAAGCAAUCAGCUAGAAAGUCAACUGGUGGUAAAUGUCCUAGAAUACAGGUUACUGGUAAACAAGCAUCCACAGAAGCUUUGGACAUGUUGGAAGAUGACCCGUCUGCCUCAGUCACUCAGGAAUUGGGUUCAAUAGGAGAAGAACAAAAGAAGAUUCCAGAUAGGUAUGGACCAAGGAAGAGUGCUCCUAUAGUGGAAGACAUUCACAUAACAGAUAAAUCUUCUGAGGAAGAACCAUCAGGGGAGUCAUCUGAUGAUCAUGAAAAUGAGGAGGAUUUUAAACAUAAGAAAUUAACCAAUGCCCAAAGAUGUGAAAUAAAUUUGUCUAAUGAUGAACUUGCCAUGUGGUGGUCUCCAACCCUACAAUCAAAAGACAUAUACAAAAGUCCAGGAUUCUCGUUUAAUACAGCUGGGUUGUCCAAGGGAGGAUCAGCUCCAUCAAUUACCAAGCCUACAUCAGCUAUUCUUGAUCUGAACUCUAAUCAAGAUUCAGAAGAUUCGAGUGAGGAAGGAAGUAGUGAUGAAGAUGAAGAUGAAGAAGAUGAUGACGAUGAUGAAGAUAAGGUGGAAGACGAGGAGGAGGAAGAGGAAAAGGAAACAGUAGAACUUUGUGAUAUGGAUAUAGCAGAAACUGAUAGUGAUGAAGAAGACAAGAAUGAUGAACCACCAGUGGGGGUUAAAGCACCUCAUAGAUAUAGACCUGGAACUGUGGCUCUGAGGGAAAUAAGACGUUAUAAGAAAGAUGCAUAUAGAGAUACAGAGACUAGGAGCAAGCUGGAUGACUUUGCAGGUGAAUUUCCAAGUCUUAUGCCACCAUAUGUUACAAUUGACGAGGAAAAGUUAAAACAGUAUGAGGCUAUGUUAUUUAGCAGUGAUUUACCUCCCUUGCCACCAGAUGACAGUGAUUUAGACAGCAACCUCUCUGUCAAAGAUACUGAUGGUAAAUAUUACACUGCAGUCGCUAUAGACAGUAAUGUUAAUACAAUAAACAAGUAUUAUGCUCCAGAUUUUGACCCUUCAUUUAAACCAAAUGAGAUGUCUAAAACAGUACCAUCUCAGGUGGUGGAUAUUCAAUUUGAUCUCAUUAAUGCAUCUACAUCCAUGAUGUAUGAAGCAGAAAAGAUACCAAGUACUGAACCUACACUUCUGGACUACAAUUCAUCUUCGCCAGGUAGCCUAACUGAACCAAAUUACUUACCAAAACCUCUAAGCUAUAGCCAUGCUUUCUCUGGGUAUCAACCAACAUGGCCACAUUAUAGGCCAACUUCACCAUUAAUGGAGCCUACAAGUCUUGCUGUCCCAGAUUUUCAACCAACAUGGCGAAGUUAUAAUCCAAAUAACUUACCACAAUCUUUAAGCUCUACCCAUGCUAUCCCAGAGUAUCAACAGACAUUUCCAAGUUACAGUCCAACAUUGCCAACUUACCAGCCAACAAGUCCCGCCUAUUUUAUCUCUCAAAACUACAAAACAGUCAACAGAUCUACUGAAAAAUCAUCUCAUUUUCUUAAGAAUCUGGAUGGGAGUAUGUCUCACUAUGAUCCUAAAACUAUAGAUAUGAAAGAAACAGAGGUAAAAUGUAGUAUUAGAGGAAGGGGAGGAGGAAGUAGUGUUAGAGGAAGAGGCAAAGGAAGGGAAGGAUGGAGAAGUGUGAGAGGAAGGACAGAAGAAGGUAGAGAUGGAAGAGGAGUAGAAAGCUGGAGAGGCCAGGAAUACACUGGUCAAGGGCCAAUAGGUCGUAGUGAGAUUGGCUGGAAUCAGAAAGAUGAUAUAAGAGAAAUAGAAAGAAAAGAAGAGCAAAGAAGUCAUAGAGGAUUUGAUGAACAUUUAGAUAAGAGAGAGUCUGAUAAAUCUAAAUCUAGGAGUAUAUCACCUACAAAUAGAAGGCGUAAAGGAUCAGGAAAACGAUCGUCUCCUGACAGAAGACAAAGUAGAUCUAGAAGAAAAUCACCUUCCUUCAGAAGGGCUAGCAGGUCUAGUAGUAGAUCAAGCUCUUGCAGGAGACAAAGUAGAUCUAGAAGUAGAUCUUACAGAAGACCCAGUAGAUCUAGAAGUAGAUCUUACAGAAGACCAAGUAGAUCUAGAAGUAGAUCAUCUCUCUUUAAAAGACAUAGGAGAUCUACAAGUAGAUCGCCACCUUACAAAAGAAAUAGUAGAUCUAGGAGUAGAUCAAGAAGUAACAGAAGAAAUAACAGAUCAAGAAGUAGAUCACAUCCCAACAGAAGAAGAAGCAGAUCUAGAAAAUCUUUGAGUUCAAGGAGAAGUUCUUCUAGAUCAAUAUGUAGGGAUAGGGAUAGAGAUAAAGGAGAGGGUGGCAACAUCAGUACCAGUAGCCAUGAUAGGAAGCUUGCUAGAUCUAGAAGUAGACAAUCAAGUCAUGUGAUGUCCAGAAGGAGAAGAUUUUCAGGGUCAAAAAGUAGGAGAAGGUCAUCAAGCACAACCUCUUCAAGGUCAAGAAGGAGAAGUCCAAGAUUAAUUAGCAGAAGUUUAUCAAGGUCAGGUCAAAGGUCACCAAAAAAGAAGUCUAGAAGGUCAGGAAACUUUAGUAAAGUGAAACAAGUGACUAACAGAAGUAUCUCAAGGUCAAUAUCCAGAACAAGACGAUCCAGACAAUCAAGAUGGUCCAAACUUUCACCUUCAAGAUCCAAUGAAAUAUCGAGUUCAAGAUUGGAGAUGUUGGCAAAAUCUGAUUAUGAUGGCUUUAUGAAAGCAAAGAGAGAUUUUAUUUUUUAUGAAAAUGCAAGUCCAUCACCUUGUAGAGACAACAUAUCAAAAAGUAGAACAGAUGAUGAGAGAAAACAGCAGGGAUAUGUAUCUUCUGAUCAAGACAUAGCUGAAGACAUACCAAGGCACCCUUUAGAAAGAAAUAAGAUGUGGAAGCAUGACAAAGGAGGAGAAAUGCACAGUGGUCCUUCACCCAUAGAGAAACAUAUCAUUAUAAAACUUCAAUCUUUAGGAAUUGACAGUAAUACUAUAAAAUUCCACACAGUUACUAUGGAGUCUGAUAAACAUAUAUGUGUCAGAGAAAACAACCAGCUGAUCAUAUUUAACAUAGAUAAUCCCGAAGAUCCAUACAGAAACCCAGUAAAGGCAGACUCGUGUAUCGUCAAUCCUAGAAAUCAACAUAUUGUAGCAAUCAGAUGUGGCAAAACUAUACAGCUAUAUGAUAUACAUAACAGGUUGAAGAUAAAGGGAUAUCAGAUGGAGGAAGAUGUCAAGUUUUGGACCUGGAUUUCUGAUGAUGCAGUUGCCAUGGUUACAGAUAAAUCAGUUUAUUUGUAUAAUCAUUUAGAUGGCAGAGAACCACAGAAACUUUAUGACCAUAAUAGAACGUUGCACAACUGUCAGGUGGUUGGAUAUAAGAUGGACCCUCAUGGACACUGGUCAGCCUUAACAUGGAUAUUGAAACAGGAGGAUAGAGUGAUUGGUUUCACACAACUGUACUCCUUACAGAGCUGCAUCAAGAGACUAUUUGACAGUCACACAGCGACCUUUACUAGCCUGACAGUGGAUAAUAAUCCAGCUCCCUCUGUGCUUUUGUUAUAUGCUGUGCAGGAGGACUAUGGCGGCAAGCUUCACAUACAAGAAGUAGGUCAACCCUGUCAUGGUAACCAGCCUUUUACAACCAGAAUUGUUGAUGUCGAUUUCACAGACAAAGAUGAUUUUCCUAUUGCAAUAGAGGUUAACAUAAAACAUAGGGUAGCUUUCCUGAUAACACAAAUGGGUUAUGUACAUCUGUACAUGAUAGAAACAGGGAGACUUAUCUAUACAAUGAGUAUAAGUGAUUCUACAGUGUUUGUUACAGCCCGUCAUGAGAAAGGAUUUCUGGCUGUCAAUCAGGUUGGAUGGGUAAUGUCAGUUGACAUCAAAGAGGACAAGCUAAAAUCAUACCUACCAGAAAAGGUAACCAGUUCUAUGGGACCAGCUAAAGAACAGUUCCUGAGGCAGUAUCAGGAAACUGAAAGAGAAAUGACAGAAAACAAAGAAAACGAAGACCCAUCAGACUUGGGAGGAAUAUGGCAAGGAAUUGUUAGGGUGAAGAAGAGAUUGUCAUUGAUGGAUGCAUUACCUCCCUUAUAUGAGGGCCAAUUUUACAACUUGACACCCGAUCUAUGUGACAUGCUGGGUUUAUCAUACAAUAGAAUACAUAACAUUCUUAAGUUACAAGGACUUUAUUCAUUAGGUAUCAGUGUGCAGCUAUUAGGAGAAAGAGUACUUGCAUCAAUCUUUAUCUUUAUAUUCUUAAUAGAUGAAUAUGCAAUUAUACACAAGACAAUGAUCCCAGAAGUCAUGAUUACCCAUGAUGCAUCUGAUCAUGCUGUCAAUUUUAAAAUCCUGUACAAAGGAAAAUCUCAAAAUGUGAAACUUGCAAAGAAAGAACUUGUUAUUGUUUAUAAGUGGUUAAAACAAAUGAAAAAGGAACACUCAAAUCUCAUCAGAGAUUUAGAACUUGGGAAGAGUGUGGAAGAUUUCUUACGUAACUUGUAUUUUGCAUGUAAAAUUUAAAUGUCAUGUCAAUGAAGUAAAAAUUAAAAUGAACUGAAGACUUUAAAAGACAUGUGCAGUUAUGAUUGAUUGAUUGAUGUUUGUUUAACGCCACCUUAUCACACAAAGGCUACACUGCUGCUGUGUGCAGUUGAUGAUGCAUACAAAUACAGUACUAGUAGUUCAAAAAGAAUAUAUUGCUGCAUCCUUAAGAUAAGCAACUUAAUAAAAAAAAAAUCUGAAUAUUUGUAUUAAUUAUUACCUUCUGUAGUAUUGUAAUAAUAACCAUAAAAUUUUUGAGUAAUUUUUAUUUAAUUCUGUGAUAUGUACAGUACAUGAUAUGUGAUUUUAUAUUAUUUAUACAUUAAUACAUUUAAAUUUGAUCUUUUAAUGAAAUAAACAAUUAUGUGAUAUGUGAUAAAUUAUACAUUA